GAGAGAGAGAGAGAAAGAGAGAGAGGUGUGCGAUGAAGAGAUCAGUCUUCUGUUACAGUCUUAGACGUGGUGGCGGUCACAUCGAAAGCCUAGCGUAGUUGCCUUUGGAAUUUUGCAAGUCGGUUCGCGAAGGAUGAGACUUUGUGCGCGAUAUCAGCGGCGACGGCAUGAGAUGAGAGAUCAGGCGGGAUUCGAGGCGAAGAUAACUGUAGCUCCGGCAAAUAUCCAGUUCGGGGACCAGGAGCAGGAUCAGCUCAGAGUGUCGUCAUCGUAUAUUGCAACCUUCGUCAUCUUCAACACCUGGCACGUUUCAAGCGAUCGUAUCGCAGCAGCCGGCCUGAAACGUAAAGCGAAAUUCGAGCCGCAGUGUUCGCCUUGCGAAUCGAAGGAUACGCGAAAGAUCUCGCGCCAUUCACCGCGCGACGGCACGCACGCCUGACCAAUGAAUUUGUCUUGACCGAUGAAAUUAAACGAUCUCGACAUAUCGUGCGGGAGCACAUCAAGAAGUCAGCCGAAUCCAGCAGGCCCGCCAACGGAAAAGAGACUCGAUCUGGUCGGGACCAAAUCCGCCGGAAUCGUGCAACGGAUGUGGUCCGUCACGUGAAUUUGUUUCGAAUGACAGGAACUACUCCUCCGUCCCUCGCCCAACUUGCGAAUUUAAUCGUGUAACGGAUCGAUUUCGAGAAAUCCCCCCCAUCUGCGUAUCGGUUGUCGAGAUAUCCUGAAUUUCGUCCGCGAAAACGCGCGUUUAACCCCUAAAGGGUUACUACGGGUCCAAUUCCACCCUGUGUGAAUUUUUUA